GAGAUUCAGUGACAAGCGAAGCCAUUUGUGGUCGGUUUCUUGGGGAAAGGAAGAGAUGAAAUCGGAGAAUCUCAGUGACGAAGCACCAUCCGUAGCAUGCAAAAUCCCGGUUAUACAUCCCGGUUUAGGCUUACCGGAUCCACAUCACAACACGUCAAGAAUCACCGGAACAUUGUUCGGAUACCGUAAAGGCCGAGUAAGUCUUUCCAUUCAAGAAAACCCUAAAUGUUUACCUUCUUUAGUCGUAGAGCUCGCCAUGCAAACCACAACGCUUCAAAAAGAGCUAAGCACUGGAAUGGUGAGAAUAGCUCUCGAGACUGAGAAACAGCCUCGAGCAGAUAAUAAUAACUCUAAAACCGAAAAGAAGACGGAUAUUUUGGAAGAACCGUUAUGGACAAUGUAUUGUAAAGGAGAGAAAACGGGUUAUGGUGUGAAACGAGAAGCGACCGAAGAAGAUCUUAACGUGAUGGAGUUGUUACGUCCGGUUUCUAUGGGAGCCGGAGUUUUGCCGGGAAACUCGGAGUCGGAAGGACCCGACGGCGAAAUGGCGUAUAUGAGAGCUUAUUUUGAGAGAGUUAUUGGGUCUAAAGAUUCAGAGACUUUUUAUAUGUUGAGUCCUGAAGGGAAUAAUGGACCCGAACUUAGCUUUUUCUUUGUGAGAGUUUGAUUUAUUUGUUAUGGUUUAAAUUAAUUUAACGUGCAUGU